GCGACGUUCGGUGGCGUUGGUGACAGCGGCGAGCAGCUGAUUCAAAAGCUGGGAUACAGUUCCGGUGCCCUGCUCGAUCAUACCGCCAUGUCUAUCCGCUGUAUUGAGAUCCUGCAGCGUCUGUGUGAAGGUACCUCCUCAAAGGAUGCCUCCGGCGGCAUUAUUAGACCACUGCCGCAUCCACGUCGUGCCAUUAGUCACCCCACCGUCCUACCGCACAUCGUUCAGCUCCUACUGACGUUCGAUCCGCCAGUUGUCGAACGCGUCGCCUCCCUGCUGCUCCACGUAAUUGAUCAGAACCCCUGUUUACCGCGAAUCUACCUGACAGGUGUCUUCUACUUCAUCCUCAUGCGACACAUGAUUCAACGUUUAGCAGCCCAUCUGGCAGAUUUCAGCCCGCGACUGAAAAGCAACACCAGAGCCAUCUACCAGUAUAUUGGAAUUCCUACAAUCAACUAUCCUCAGCUGGAGGGUGAACUCUUCUGUAACAAUUACUACCUGCGUCAUUUUUGUGACGUUAGACGGUUCCCCAACUGGCCUGUUAAGGAUCCGAUUGCAUUUUUGCGUGACGUUCUCGGCGCCUGGCGAGCUGAAACAGACAAGAAGCCUUGCAAGCUCUCUUAUCACGAUGCUCUUCGUGAACUGGAACUUGAUCCUGCCAACAUCAAAGAGGAAACGGAAGAGGCCGUCAUUCGUAGGGCCUACUAUCAGCUUUCAAUGAAAUACCAUCCCGAUAAGAAUCCCAAUGGCCAGGUAUUACUACUUGUACCGCACAAGUACGCCGGGUACCCCAUGCUCAUAUCAACUAUUCGUCUGGAAUCUGAAAAUGCAGAUCUCUUUGGCGGAAAGAAACAGGGCGGCGUCUCAGAGGCCUUUGCACGCUGUUCAUCUCUGCUUUCGCGAGAUGAUUCUAUGAACAAUGAGCUCGUCGUUAACGUGUGUUGCCAUGUGACAGCAUUCUUCACGGUAUCCACAAAGUUCCCCGCCUCUCGAGAGUGUAUUCAUGAGAUCCCCCAACUCGUCCGAGAUAUUGUACGCCUGCUCUAUUUCAAGAACCUACCGAGGCUUUGCUCUCAAGCGGCAGCAUGCACUGCUGCUUUCUGCGACGACUACUGGCUGUGCGUAAAUGUUUAUGAAAAUGGAGGUCUCUUCCUUCUUUUGAAUCACGUAUUGGCCUACGACUUUACGCUCGACGAAAGUGGUGUUGAGGCCGACGAGUCAACAAAUAGUCAGCUUAUGCUCAACCAGCUCUCUCUGUUGUGCUUAUGGGCCUUGAGCCGACUUGCGCGGCAACAUGAAGCCAGCUCCACCGGUCCACUGUCAUCUGCAGAGGGCGGCACAGUGGAGUUGGCGCUGAAUCGUCUAGUCACACCGCACAUAACGCGCAAACUCUUGACCUUAGCGGAUUUUUCCCAACCAGUCCCCACUGCCACUCUCGGUCCUCUGCUUUCCGAGGGCGGCUUUCUCGACCCCUCCGCUGAGUCUGGUCAAGCUCUGCGGCGGCUGGCCAAGCUGCUGACAACAAAUUCGGCCACACCCUGCCUCAUCUGGGACAACCAGUGCCGCGCUGAACUUACAGGUCUUGUCGACGAACAAGUGGCCAAGGUUGUUAAAACGGUAUGUCUACUUACAUCCUAUUUCUCUCCCCAUCGCACACACAAGGUUGUUCUUGUGAGGGCACAUCGAAACUUGUUUGCGCGUUUUUUCAAUUGA